AUGCCUACAGCGACUUCCGCACCAGAGGAACCCAAGGCGCCCGAGUCUCGACCUAUGAGCCGUCUCGAAAUAGGCCUUAUUGUGGGAGUCAGCGCUCUCUUCAUCACCUUGAUCUUUUUCAUCUUCCUCAUCCGAGCCCUUGACCAACGCCGCCGCAAAAAGGUGCUGAGGAGAAUGGCCGAGGAUGCCAGAAACCGUACUCCCGAAGAGGAGAUGUUGCGCCGCCGGCUGGCAUGGCUUCAAGUUGAACGCAUCAUGCAGAGCCUGCGCUGCGUAUGGGUGGAUAAAGACAACAACCCAACCGAUCCACCCCCCGAAGGCGUUGAAUUUCACCGGCGCAAGGGUCGUAGCCCGUACCAGAUGCCGCGCAUGCCACAGUCCAAGGAAGCGAACUAG